AUGACCAAGUCUCAGGAUCCAGUGUCAUUCGAGGAUGUGGCUAUAGAUUUCACCCAGGAGGAGUGGCAGCAACUGGACCCUGCUCAGAGGACCCUGUACAGGGAUGUAAUGCUGGAGAACUACAGCCACCUGGUCUCAGUGGGGUAUCCAGUUUCCAAACCAGGUGUCAUAUCUAAGUUGGAACAAGGAGAAGAGCCAUGGAUCAUGAAGAAAGACGUGUCAAAUUGGAUCUAUCCAGGUGAAAAUCUGGCAGAUGGAAGACAAAGGAAGGAGACUAGACUUGACACACAUCAAUUGGAUGCACUUGGAGAUGUGUACUUUCAUAAGGACAUACUGGAAAGUGUCACAAGGGAUCAUUCAUUGUACUCAGUUUUAAAGGUCUGGCAAGGCGACCAGCUGGAGAGAGAUCAGGAAAAUCAAGACAGACUUCUCAGGCAAGUCACAAUCAGCAACAACAAAACAGUUAUUGAAGAGUCAAACUAUACAUAUAAUGCAUUUGGAAAAAUAUUUCAUAACUGCACAGACCUAGAUACUUCAAGACAAAGACUGGAUAAGUGUGAUUCAUUUGAAAAGAGCUUGGAACCUACUGUAAACCUAUUCAGUUGUAAUAGGGGUUAUGCAAGAAAAAACACAGAUGAGAAUUUUGGAUGUGGGAGAACACCUAGUUCUUCCUAUUCUAAGCAUGAAAAAAUUCAUAAUAGAGUGAAACACUGUGCAGAUAGUCAGUAUGGAAAAAUCAUCAGCAAUAAACAAUCUCUUAUUCAAUAUGUGAAUGUUGAAACUGGGGAGAAGAUCUGUGUAUGUAUUGAAUGUGGAAAAUCUUUUCUCAAGAAGUCACAGCUCAUUAUACAUCAAAGAAUUCAUACUGGAGAGAAAUCUUAUGGUUGUAGUGCUUGUGGGAAAGCCUUCAGUGAGAAAUCACAUCUCAUUGUACAUCAGAGGACACAUACUGGGGAGAAACCUUACGAAUGUUCUGAAUGUGGAAAAGCCUUCUCUCAAAAAUCAUCCCUCAUUAUCCAUCACAGAGUUCAUUCUGGUGAAAAACCGUAUGAAUGUAGUGACUGUGGGAAAGCCUUCUCCCAGAAAUCACCCCUCAUUAUACAUCAGAGAAUACAUACUGGUGAAAAGCCAUAUGAAUGUAAUCAGUGUAGGAAGGCCUUCUCCCAGAAGUCACAGCUGAUUAUACAUCAUAGAGCUCAUACUGGAGAGAAACCUUAUGAGUGUACUGAAUGUGGGAAAGCCUUCUGUGAGAAGUCCCACCUCAUCAUACAUAAAAGGAUUCACACUGGAGAGAAACCCUACAAAUGUGCUCAGUGUGAGGACGCCUUCAGUAGAAAGUCAGAACUCAUUAUACAUCAGAUAAUUCAUACUGGGGAGAAACCUUACGAAUGUACUGCAUGUGGGAAGACUUUCUCCCGGAAGUCACAGCUCAUUAUACAUCAGAGAACGCAUACUGGAGAAAAGCCCUAUAAAUGCAGUGAAUGUGGAAAAGCCUUCUGUCAGCAGUCACAUCUCAUUGGACAUCAGAGGAUUCACACAGGAGAAAAACCUUAUGUUUGUACUGAAUGUGGGAAAGCCUUCUCUCAAAAGUCUCACCUCCCAGGACAUCAGCGGAUUCAUACAGGAGAGAAACCUUAUAUAUGUGUUGAAUGUGGCAAAGCCUUUUCCCAGAAGUCAGACCUUGUUGUACAUCAGAGAAUUCAUACUGGGGAGAAACCUUAUCAAUGUGCUGUAUGUGGAAAAGCCUUCAUCCAGAAAUCACAACUCACUGUACAUCGGAGAAUUCAUAUAGUGGUGAAAUCAUAA